CUCCUUUGCUCGGGCAUACCGCUCCUUGGAUGGAAGGUGAAGAAAGGCCGCAGCCGAAUAUCCGAUUGCGACCUUAUAUACCACCCGGAUCCCACCACCAAGUAACAGCAAUGUAAAGGUGAUGAGCCCCCAAGCCAAACCAGAUCUUCACCUGGCUUGGUAUCACAUCACACCCGCUGCACCCACACCAUCACACAGACCCAGACGCCGGAGCAACCAUCAUGAAACUCCUCACCCUCCUUAUCGCCGGCGCUGCUUUGCCGCUCACCUCUGCCGCUCCCGCGUCGACGGCCAUCGUCAAGGACGCCUCUGCCGAUAGGGAUGCCUCGGUGGCCGCCACCCUCGCCCAGAGCAGCAAAGACAUCUACCCAGCCAAGUGUCCGGAAAACGUCAACGGCUUCAACUACACCUACCCCUCGACACUAUGGUUCUACAACCUGACCUCGACCGUCCAGGGGUCGAGUGAGGUGCUCGAGAUGGCCUUCAUGGACCUUCUCCCUCCCAACUACAACCCUCGCAACGCGGAGCCGCAAACCAUCCUUCUCCUGCACGGCAAGAACUUUUGCGGUCCCACCUGGUACGCGGCCGCGACGCCCUUGCAAAAAGCCGGCUACCGCGUCAUCCUACCCGAGCAGCUGGGCUUCUGCAAGUCGACCAAGCCGACGCAGUACAGCUUCAACUUAACGUCCUUGGCAACCAACACACACAACCUGGUCAAGGCGCUCGGGAUCACCAAACCGCCAAUCGUCAUCGGCCACUCCCUCGGCGGCAUGCUCGCGUCGCGCUAUGCGCUGACGUACCCGGAGUUUACCAAGUCGUUGAUGCUGGUUAGCCCUAUCGGCUUGGAGGACUGGAAGCAGCUGGGCGUGCCUGACCGCUCGUUUGACCUGUUGACGGGGGAUGAGAAGUCGACGACGUAUGCCUCGCUGAGGGGGUACGAGCAGGCGACGUACUACCCGGGCGCCGAGUGGACCGAGGACUUUGACAAGUGGGUGGUGAUGCUGACCAAGGUGUAUGAGGGCGACCAGAAGGAGAAGUUCUGGGCGGAUCAGGCUCAUGUGGUGGAGAUGGUGCUGGGACAGCCGACCAUUCACGAGUACAACAAGAUCAAGCCCAAGACGUUGUUGGUGGUGGGCGAGAAGGAUAACACGGCUAUUGGCAAGGUGUGGUCGCCGCCCGAGGUGCAGGCAAAGCUCGGCCACUAUGCUGUCUUGGGACGCCAGGCACAGGCGGCGAUUCCUGAUGCUACCCUUGUGUCGUUCCCGUAUCUUGGACAUGCUCCUCAGAUUCAGGAACCCGAGAUGUUCAACCGCCUGCUGGCAAGCUGGGUGAAAACCGGCGGCCGCACCCUGGAAUCGCUCAAGCUGAAUGCCACCAUCAUUAGGUAGAGCAUGGAGUCCUAGAGAAGUAGGGUCAGUGGCAUUUGGAUUGUAUAUAUUCGAGUCAUCAACAUAGACACACUGUAGUAGUACUGUAAUGAAUGAUAAUGGUUUGGAAAUGGCA